GUGUGACAAGCACAAAGAAAAGAAAUAUUCUCUGCCCCAUCUACUACACCCUCAUGGGCUCUCCUUGUCUGAGUCAGUAGUCAGACUGUGUAGCAUAGACUCACGUUGUAUUCCUUUCAGCUACUAACAAAUUAUUACCACAUUUAACCUGCUGCCCUUUUCUCAAAAAAUAAUAAUAAUUAGACACUGAACCCUGAUGAAAAGAGCAGCAGGGAUUUUACAUUCCCUGCUGAGGAGGUGAGAGACAAUUAUUUCACAGGUUUCCUUGAUGAUGCCUUCGCUAAGGAACAGAAGACACAUCAUAGCUUAGCCUGCUUUACCACCUCCAUUUUUCUAGCUGUUGCCAUCAGAAGAUAAAAAGACGUGAGAGAGACAGACCGAGGAAGACAAGCAGACAGAGCAAUUACGGUGCUAAAGAAAAUGGACAUUUGAAGUGGAUCUUGACAUUUCAGGUGCAAAGGUUGGACAUGGCGAUGCUGCUUCGGAAACUAGGGAUUACCAACCUUUCAGACAGAGGUACUGGGAGUCCCAAAGGUUCACGGAAAGCUGCAAAACAGGAGAGGUCUGUCUUAGACAGGAGGAAAGCACAGGAUUCUGUAAAAGUCGAAAAUACUGCAAAGGAUGUGCUGGUGCCUACCAGUGCAAGAGAGCCUUCACUACAGCAACAUCGUGUCCAAGUACGUGCCAAACGGCUUAUGAAGGAAUUGCAAGAAAUCCACAAGACAGUGGGGGAUUUUAUGACAGUUGAGCUGGUUGGGGACAACCUCUUUGAGUGGACAGUUAAGCUGUAUCAAAUUGAUCAUGACUCACUCCUCUGGAAGGACAUGAGAGAGACAAACACAGAAUUCAUCCUGGUCGGCUUGAGCUUCCCUGAAAACUUUCCUUUCUCACCUCCUUUUGUUCGUGUUCUGGAUCCUGUCAUUGAGAAUGGUUAUGUAUUAGAUGGUGGAGCAAUAUGCAUGGAGCUCCUGACACCGCGUGGUUGGUCUAGUGCCUAUACUGUGGAGGCCAUCAUGAGGCAGUUUUCUGCCAGCCUUGUCAAAGGACAGGGUCGGAUUUGCAGAAAGACAGGAAAAUCAAGAAAGGCUUUCACUCGGAAGGAAGCUGAAGCCAGCUUCAGAAACCUGAUGAAGACUCACGAGAAAUAUGGCUGGGUUACACCUCCAAGCAUGGAUGGGUAACAGAAACAAGCAAUAUGGCAGCAAAGGACAAUUUUCCAAAGUGGAAUGAAUGGAACAAUUAGAUUGGGAAAGGGUGGGAAUGAGUCUUUUUUCUCUGGAAAUUAACAGACCUUAGCAUUUUUAUUCAUGUAAGGAUAAAGCAACCUCACAUGGGUUUGUAGCUGUUAAUCAGUGCAAACAAAAGAAAUGUGCUGCAAGGAUAGUGGGUUGUGCAUUUCUCUUAAGCAGUUUAAACACCUGCUGAUUUGUGGAGGUGGUUAAGUCUGAGUCCAUUCACAUUCUUUAAUUAGUUUUAAAAAAAUUCAGUUUGAAAGGUAAGUCAUCCUUUGUAUUAAAAUAGUUACUGUGUCGGAAACGUUGAGCUAGAAUCACAGCAAUUCUACAAGUGUAAAAGAUCAGCAUAGUAGUAAAUGCCUAGACAAUUGAUAAAAGUGUGCUAUUUAAAUGUCUUUAAAAUUAUUUACUUAACAAAGCCCAUCCCCCUGCCCCGGGCUAUAUUUGUGUACAUAUCUUUAGGGACAUAUGAAUAAUUCAGAGGGUAGCCAUGUGACACACACAACUGAAAGAUUAAGAUUUUCACAGAUUACUUUUACAAAAUGGGUUCAUAAAACUGUAUCAUCUGACUGGAUAACAGGGCUGAAAAAAUAUAUUCAAAGCACAGUAAAAACAAGCAUAUUCUGAAGAUGAGUAAGUGUCAGGAAAAGCUGUUUCAUUAGCUUGAUGGUGGACUGGGUUGUGUGCCAAACGGAUACCACUGUAUGCCUUGGCUGGAGAAGUACUUGCCCAAUACUUUGGCUAUGUGGUAAUAUUUGCUCAGCAUACACCACUGAACAGUAAUGAUUAUCUAUAUGUAACCCACAACAUCAAAAUGCCUUUCUUUAAUGUCGAAACCAAAUAACCCACACCACUCAAAAGAGGAAGAAAUAUUAAUGAGUUUGUUUAAUUACCUGGAAAGAUAAUUAUUUUAACUACCUGGUACAUCAACUUUAAAGAGAGAUGGAAUUUUGUUAAUGAUGUAACUUAAAUAUAUGUGUGUUUCAUUGAUUAUUAAUAUGGGGGACUUAAUUAUCUGACUAGUAUUUUCAAACUCAUUUUUAUGAUUUCUUUAAGGGUAAUGCUUUCAAAAGACUUGGCCAUUUUUGUUCGUUAUGUUUUUUUUUUAAUAUUAAGAUGAAAGUGUCAUUAGUGACAAGUAAGAUUUGGAUAGACUUACUUUAAGUCAGCACCAAAUGGAACGCUUCUGAAUGACUUGAGUCCUGAUAAAAUUGUCUCUGUUAUAAAUGGAACGGGUAACCUUUGUAUAUUCGCAUUCACUUAAAUGUAGCUGGUCAGUUAUAACAUUAAUGAUGACAGUUUUCGAACUGAAUGUAUUUGUGGAGUUGUUGCUAAAUGAUUUUGCUUAAGACUGAGUGUCUUAUUUUGUGUGCUCGCUAAAAAUUCCAACAAAAUUAAAAUCAUUGAGAUGGUGAA